GGAUAAAACCCUACCGAGUAAAACCCCAUCAAAAGCCUUGGCCCCUGCCUUCUUCCGAAACUCUUUGGUAAACCCCAAACUCCUUCAUAAAAUCAAAGAAGGCUUUGAUUGCUGUUAUUCAGAGUCGUUAGAGUAGAUUACAGACAGAGAUAGUUGGAGUUAAAGAGGAAAGACAAGAAAGAAAGAGAAUGGAGCAAAUGCAAGCGAGGGAAGCAGAGGAGUUCACUCUGGUCACCAGAAAGCCCUACUUUGAUCUUCCGACGGCUUGCCCUCUUUGCUUACCUGUUUACAUCUAUCUCAAGCUUGCCCACCUUCCCUUUCAUUUAGAAUUCAAUUCUGUCUACCCUGAUUCAGACCAAAUUCCUUAUGUUGAAUCUGGUACUUAUGUGGCCUACAAUAAUGAGAAUGGUGGGGUUAUUGAGCGUUUAAAGCAAGAUGGCGUUGUUGAUCUGGAUUCUGCAUUCCAAUCAGUCCCUGACUGGAUAUCAAUGAAAGCAAUGAUUAGCUCUUGGCUAGCUGAUGCAAUCAUGUACGAACUAUGGGUUGGGUCUGAUGGAAGAUCGGCCUACAAAAUUUAUUAUUCUGAUCUCUCAUGGCCAAUAGGAAAAGUUCUAUUCCUAAAGCAAGUAUAUAUUGUAAAGCAGCGUCUUGGAAUAACAAAAGACAAUGCUGAACAGAGGGAAGAUGAGAUUUACAAGAGAGCAAAAAUUGCUUAUGGAGCUCUGUCCACUAGGUUAGGAGAACAGAACUUCCUCUUUGAUGAUAGGCCAUCAAGUUUGGAUGCAACUUUUCUUGGACAUGCUCUUGUCACCCUUCAUGUUCUACCUGAAACUUCAGUGCUACGGAGCAAACUCUUGGAGCAUGAUAACAUUGUCAGAUAUGCAGAAAAACUUAAAAUGGAGUUUAUUGAGUCUGGUUCAUCAUCUUCUGGCGCACAAUUUCACUCAGUCCCUUCAUCAUCAGCUCCAAGAAAAGAUUCCUCAAAUUGGAGAUCAAAGCCCAAGAGCAAACCCAAGAGGGAGAAAACAGACGAGGAGAAAACUUUCAAGAGGAGGGCAAAAUAUUUUUUAGGAGCCCAGCUACUUGCAGUUCUACUUUUUCUCUCUGUGAUGGGUGGAUAUGAUUCCGGUGACAUGGAGUUUGACGAUGAUGAUGAAGGCUUCACUUAUGAUUGAGACAAUCUCUCAUUUAUGUACAAACUUGAGUCCUCUUUUGUAACCGUUUCCAAUGAUUACUGACAAGGCUAGUAAUCUAUUGAGGUUGAAUUUGUAAUAUUGCAUUAAAAUUGUGGAGAAUAAGAGCAUUAAUUUGAAGAUAUGAUUUGUUCUAUA